AUGGCAAAGUUUGGACCUGAGCCUUUUGAUUUCACGCAGCCGGCGGAGUGGCUCACGUGGCGGCAGAGGUUCUCCCGGUUUCGGGUUGCGUCAAAACUUGACAAAGAAAGCAGCGAGGUGCAGGUGAACUCGCUCUUGUACUCUAUGGGAAGAGAUGCCGAACCUAUUAACGGCUCAUUUGUGUUUCCUGCGGUGACCGAGGCCAUGCCACAUCCAGAGUAUGACUUUAAUCUGGUUAUGCAGCAGUUUGAUGAACACUUUGUCCCGAAAAGAAACGUCAUCCACGAUCGCGCCUGUUUUCAUAAGCGGAGCCAAAGGGCCGGUGAGACAGUCGAAGCUUUCGUGCGGAGCCUGUUCGAGCUUGCACAGCACUAUUCCACCGUUAUAGCUGAAGAGACGUUCCGAAAACUAGGCUAUAAACCAAAACUGAACACGUCCAGGCCCACAGUGUACAGCCCAGGUGGGAAAGUCAGAUGCGUGGGUCUACUGAACUGUGAGCCGGUUAAGAUCGAGUUGACUGAGGAAGCGGUCCCAUACAGCGUCAACACGCCACGCAGAGUUCCAUUUCCGCUCCUCCCAAAAGUGGAGAAAGAGCUAAAGCGCAUGCUGACUCUCAAUAUCAUUGAGGAAGUUACAGAGCCGACAGACUGGUGUGCCCCAAUGGUGCCUGCUCCAAAACGCAACAAGGACGAGAGACUGCUUAUGCGCCUCAUGCGAUUCAACGUCACUGCUGAACAUGUUCCCGCCCUUGUGGGUUAUCGCUCUACACCGAUAGCAGCUACAGGUGCAAUGCCAGCGCAGCUCAUGACUGGUAGACAAAUCCGUACCACUGUUCCUGUCCUGGAAAAGACAUGGCUGCCACGUCCGUUCAACCCCGACCAGGUCUACAUGAAGGACGCAACGGCUAAAGGUUCGUACAGGUUCUUCUAUGACCGCAGGCAUUCGGCGCGUGCGCUCCCCGAACUCCACCCUGGCCAACCUGUUAGGGUAAAGCUUCGUCGGAACAGGCGUCAUCUCCAGUCUGUUCCUGAGACCGAACCUCCUGCAGAGCAGCCGGUGGCCCAGCCUACAACAUUGCAGCAGGACAGCGGUUUUUUCCGGCAGAUGUGA